AUGAAUCUCUCUGAUCCAAGCCUUCCAAAAUUACCACCACGACCCGGAGAGAGAUCUUUGAAACCUCAAGAUUCAAAAAGCAACUUGAAUGAUAGUAAAAAUUUGGGCUCCGUAUCUUCAGAAUCGAACACCCACCUACAAGAUACUAAGGUACAUCCAGAUGCAUCUGGCCAGCAUUUGAACAAGAAAUCAAGGGUUCUGGUUUUUCCCGUCAUGCAUGCAGACAUAAAGAAAACAGCAUUUCAAGCUAGAGCAGAAAAAUUUGAGGCUGUCAUAGGCAAGAAAGUGGCUGAUGAGCAGAAAGCCCAAGAUUCAGCAAUAUAUGACGAUGGUGCAUCUGAAAUGCUCUCCAGCUUUGACUGGUUUCAUGGAGAACUUGACCGAGAAGAAGGUGCACAAAGAGUGAAAAAAUUAUAUGAAAAUGGAGCAUUCCUGAUCCGUGCUAGCAAGUCAGAUGGUUCAAAUAAUUCUCACCCGUAUACUCUGGUAGUAACCUUGGAUCAGAAAGUUUAUAAUUUAAAGAUUAGACUACGCCAUGACAGCCGCUUUGCUAUUGGAACAUACAAAUCUGAUGAAGUGUCUUUUGCAUCAGUGCCUGAAUUGGUAGAACACCACAGGGAGAACAAUAUCAAGCUAGCUGAAGGUGGAACAGUGAAACUUCAUCGUACUCCAAAGAAAUAA